AAUGGAAGUAUGAUAUAAUAGGCUUGACUGAGACACACCUGAGAGGCGACGUGCAGACUGAGGGGAGUGAGUAUGUGAUGAUUGGGAAGGGGCGAAAGAAACAGGAGACUAUGGGAGGAGGCGUAGCCUUCCUCCACCGCAAAAAUGAGAAUCUGAAGGUGGAAGAGCUAGAUGUAGGUAACAGUGCUAGCAGUGAAGAUGUUUUGGCCGUGAGUGUGGAAUGCAAGAAUAAAAAGGGCAGACUAGAAAGAGUAGUAAUGGUUGUUGUGUAUAUGACUGUAGAGGGUGAAAGAGCAGCAAGGGAAAACAGGGGAAAGUAUAAUAUCCUUAGAAAAGUUGUGAGAGAGCAUGCAGGAGAGAGUGAUUGUUAUGGGUGAUAUGAAUGCACAUACAGGUAUGUUAGGUGAACGUAUAAAUCGGAAUGGAGAAAUGCUAGCUGAGUUUGUAAGUGAAAUGAACUUAGAGAACCUGAAUGAAACUCUGGCUGAGGGACGUGUGACCUGGAGUGCAAGAAAUCAGGAGUCUGCGAUUGAUUAUGUACUGGUAAAUGGGAGAAUGCGCGAAUGUGUGUCUCGUAUGUGGAUAGAUGAAGAGGGAAUGAUUGAUAUUGUGUCUGACCAUAAUAUGUUGACCGUGGAGUGCGGGCUGAAUGAUAGAAAUGAAAUGAAAGAAAAGGACAGGAAGAAGAAGAAGUGGAGACUGAGAGAUGUAGGGUGGGAAAAUUUUCAGGUAGACUUGAGUGAAAGAAAUUGGGAGCCGGGUAAUUUGAAUGAUGUGGACGCUUUGAAUGAAAGGCUCGUAGAGAAUGUGAGAGGAGCUGCAGUCCAACAUGUAGGGUAUGUGAGAACAAAUGGUAGAAAGCGUGUAAGGAAACCGUGGUGGAACGAUGAUAUUAGGACAGCUAGGAAAGAACGAAAGAGACUAAAUAGACUGUGUAGACGAAUGAGGAGAAGGAGGCAAGAAAGCGAAGAAGCUGAGGGUGAAUAUCAGAAUGCAUGGGAAAGCUAUGUGAGACACCAACGACUGACAAAGCGGAAGAUCAUGAGUGCAAAGGUUCAGUGUGAAAGAAGUGUGAUUCAGACCCUGAGAGAGAAAGGGCUUGAUGGAGGUCGUGAGUGGUAUAGAUUCCUGAGAGAUGAGAGGAUGAGUGACAGUGAGAAUGUGGAAAGUCUGAAGGUGAAUGGUGAAAAAAUUACAGAUAAGGAGAAAAUGAGGGAGUCAAUUAGGGAGUUUUGGGAAGAAAUAGGAGGAGUAGGGGAAGUAUUUGGUGUGAGAGAAGGAUGUGUGACUAUGGAGAGGAAAGAUGCAAAUGAGCUGAAUGGAAGGAUCAGCAGGGAGGAAGUGGAGAGAUGUACUCUCCAGGGUAUUGCCGUGACCCCUAUAAUGAAUUAUGUAAUGGUGACCUUUGUGUAA